AUGCUGUUUGCACGGACCACCCCAGCAGUUUCUGGCUUCAGUACCACCAUUGGCUUUACAGCUGGCGCCAGCAGCUGCACCAGCACCAGCAUCAGCUCCCAAGAGGACUCUGCCAGAUACGCGUUUCGAUCGCGGCCCCAGACACUCGCGCAGGUUACGCCCACGAAGCCUCGAACCCGAGCCACCUACGACGACAAUCCAGGCUCUGCCACGCCCUACGACACUCCAGCUCAAUCCCGUGCCGCGACAACCCCUCGCGCCGGCAAGAUGUCGACCCAGACGGGCAAGUUCCGCGAGGACCAGGUCCUCAUCAUCUGCCCCGGCAGCCAGACGACCAUGGCCCAGCUGGGAUGCGGCGAGCUGACCCCGCCUGUCCAUCGCAUGCCCACGCGCAUGUUCAAGGACGAGGAGACGGGCGAAUGGCGCCCUUUUCACACCUUCAAGCGCAAGAAGGCUGGCGCCAAUGGCGCUCUCGCCAUCGACGGGCCGCGUACCGAGGAGGACGACUACGAGUGGGUUGAAGACACAGACUCAAGCGAGGGCGCCAUCUACCCUCUUCAAGGCGGUCGUAUUGCCAACAUGGAGGCCUUCCUGGCCUUCCUCGACCAUGUUCACAGCAUGCUCACGACCACCUACCACAACACUCCCAUUAUGCUCAUCGCCUCGCCCCAAUGGACCCGCCCCGACAACGAGACGAUUGCGCGCUACAUAUUCGAGAAGACACGAACCCCGGCCUUGUGCAUGAUGCACAGCGGCAUUGCCUCCCAGUACGGCGUCAAGUGGCCGAACGUGACUGUGGUGGACAUUGGCUACGAGAAGGUCGACGUAAGUUGCAUACACGACGGUCGCGUGGUCAGCUACGGCGAGCUGGGCGCCCCGAAUCCCGAGCGCUUCAUCUCUGGCGGUGAGAUCUUCACGCGCAAGUUGGUCGAGAAGCUCAAGAGCAAGGACUUCACCUACGACAUGGCUGAGCAGCUGAAGAAGAGCCACGUCUGCGAGGUUCUCCCCUAUGCGCCCAAUAAAGCGAACCUGAUGGAGCUGCCAACUACUUCGACGGCAGGGGCUGCUGGGAGCGGGCCGUCUGCCGCGCCGGCCGUCGAGGCACCUCAGACCAGUGAACCAGCGCGUCCCGUGGCCGCCGGCGACGAAGAGCCCGAGGAACCUAAGGGCGACGAGGGUGUACUUGACGUAGCCAGCAUCGUCACGGCGGGCAACGCGCGCGACUUUUUGGCCAAGAAGGAGAAGGAGAAGCAAGAGAAGGGCAAGGGUGGCAGAAAGGGCAAAGCUGCUCAGGAGGCAGAGGCUGCCAAGCCUGUCCGCCUGCCCAACUCGAAGCGCACGCACAACAUGUUCCACUUUGAGGAGGUCAUUCAGGAAGAGGUCCAGCCUCCCAAGAAGGAUGAGCCCAAGCCGGAGGCCAAGGAGGAACCCAAGAAGGAGGAGGCCGGCAACCCCACCGAGUCCAAGGACGUGGAGAUGACGGACAGCGCCGCCAAGCCCGCCGACGCGCCGGUCCCUGACGGCGAGUCGAAGUCGGCAGAGGCAACCCCUGCUGACCCUCCUGCGGCCACCGAGACGAACGGAACGACCGCACAGCCCGCCGCCAUCCCCACCGAGACGCCUGCCGCCACCAACGGCGUCCCCGCCCCUCCCGAGAGACAGGCGAAGCGCGUGCGCCGCGACAUCGAGGUCGGUCUGGAGCGGUUCACCUUUGCAGACCGUGGCGAGAUUGACCGGAUCGUCACGACCAUCUACCGCACCGUCCAGAGCAUUGACGAUAUGUACAUCCGCCCCCUGUGCUGGGACAACAUCAUCUUCGUCGGCAACGGCGCCCGCCUCCGCGGCCUCAAGGACAACAUCAUGCAGACCCUGACGGCCCGCCACCUCAUCUCGCCCAGCACGGCCACCAUGUUCACCUCGGAGCUCCCCUCCAACAUCGCCACGCCCACCGGCACCGGCGCCCAGACCCCCACCGGCUCCUUCACCGGCGCCCCUCACCAGCUGCCGCCCAACAGCUCCGGCGUCAACCCCCUGCUCCAGGCCGCCACCACGGCGUCGGCGCAGCACCAGGGCACCCCCGGCCCCGGCGAGGCUAACGGCACUCCCGGCGGCGCCCACCACUUCCACAGCCAGACGCCCACGAGCAUCAAGCUGGCAGCGCUUCCCACCUACCUGGGCGAGUGGAACAAGAACGGCUUCGAGGAGGCCAUGUUCCUCGGCGCGCAGGUCGCGGCUCGUAUCGCGUUCUGCCAGCACAACCUGGACAUGGCCGGCCUCGAGGCCCAGCGUCUGGCGAGCUUGAGCAGAAUCGAGUACAACGAGAUGGGCCCCAAGGGCAUCCGCACCCACUCGAUGCUCAAACGAAACAUCAGUUCGGGCUCGGCCUUUGAGGCACAAAUCGGCUACUCCCGCGCCGUGGUGUCGGGCGACCUCAUCUUUGUGUCCGGAACAACGGGGUACAACUAUGAGACCGGCGUCAUCUCGCCCAAUAUCGUCGAGCAAACCGAGCAAACAAUGGAGAACAUCGCUGCCGCUCUCGCUGCGGCCGGCGCGGAGAUGAAGGACGUUGUCCGCGUACAUUAUAUCUUGCCCGACCGCAACGACUUUCAGAUGACUUGGCCUGUUCUGCAGAAGUGGUUCGGCGAUGUGCGCCCGGCUGCCACCAUGAUUCAAGCCGGUCUGAUGGAGGAGGCCAUGAGAAUUGAGAUUGAGGUCACGGCUAAGAAGGAGUCGGCAGCUUGA